AUGGAUGAAGAAGACGGUGAUGUUAGUGAGAAAGAGUACGAUUUCUUUUGGAAAAUGUUUAUCGACGAUGAAGAAUUGAAGAGUUAUUAUGUAAAGCAUUGUGGUGAUGGAGGUGAGUUUUCGUGUCUGGUCUGUGGCACAGUGAAAGAGAAGCAUCUGAAGAGGUUGAAAAAGUUUAAAGAAUGUGUUGCUCUAGCUCACCAUUCGAUUUCCAUUGCAAAAACGAAGAAGAUUAGAUCACACAAAGCUUAUGGCUGA